AUGCAGCAGAGCUGGCGGCGCGACGGCGAUAAACUGACGUUCAUCGUGUGUAAAGCGGGCGCGGAGAAGGAUGUUGACCGUCCGGAUGAUGGCUCGGAUAUCAAUGUCAAUACCAGUCGUGAUGAUCAAAGUGAUGGAAAUUACCGCGAUGGCGCACUGGAUGUGUUCGGGAUGAUUGGGGAUGUUAACUUGUUUGUGGCGAAGGUGCAGCGGGACGAUGAGGAGGAUGAGUCAGAGGCAAAGCAUAUUGCGGCCAACGCAGGAGAUGCUACGGUUGGUGAAUUGGAACUCAUGAUCGCUGUGCAGAGGGAGCGCGGCCAUGGGUACGGCAAAGCGGCGUUACUGGCGUUUCUACGUUAUAUUCUUAGACAUGAAGGCGAGAUUCUACGUGAGUUCUUCGAUGUGGCGGGGGAUGAGCAUACGGCCACCGGGACGAGUGCUAAUGUAACGAGAUUUGACUAUCUGGCAGUCAAGAUCGGCGAAGAGAAUGCGCGGAGUAUUGGGUUGUUUGAGGGAUUAGGGUUCACGAAGGUCAAAGAGACACCGAGUUUCUUUGGGGAGUUUGAGCUGAGGGUUGGCAGGGAGACGGUGCUGAAGAUGAUUGAGGGGGUUGAAUUUGGAUAUCGAGAGGUUGACUAUCGUUGUCCUCAAUGA